GUGUUCUGUGUUUUUGUUUCUUGUUUAUGUGUUAAUAUUUACCAACUGCAUCCGAGUGUGCAUAUUUUGAAAUGUUAGCGUCUCAUUACUUGAGGAUUUUCUUUCGUAAAAGAACCCCUUAUGCUUCACCAUGUGUUUCAUCAUGUAACUGCUGGCUAUGAAGGAACCCGUAGUGAAUUAUUCUUUUGAACUUGUUGAAAUAUAGAAGGGUUUCUUUAAUAAUCACCAGCAUUUGGUUUCUCUAAUCUCUAGUUCUAAGUGGAGCCAAUUUCUGGGGCUAAUUAGUUUUGUGGUAUAUGGUAUAGAAAGAAAUUAUUGAUUUCAGAAUUCAGUUGACUCUUACCAAGAAGAUGUAAAGGUCAUAGUCAAGCUAGUCUUCAUGCCUUUAUGCUCUAACAUGUGCAGAGAUUUUGUGUUUUAUUUUUUGGAUAAAUGUAAAGAAGGUUCUGCUUUGAUUAAUGGAUUAUUUUCUUUGCUAAUGUGAAUCUGUGAUACAAUUAGAUAAGCAGUUAGGUAUUUAUUUUUUCAUACGAAUGAGAUGUAAUGUGAAUUAAAAUUUUCUUUUUACAAGGGCCAGUAUUUAUGGAUUCAUCAUUCAUAUUGAAUUUCUUGUUUCUGGAGCGAAUAAACCUUUAAUUUCCUUUGCAAUUGUUUGUUUCAAUAAUGUGUAUAUAAUUGGCACUUCUAGGUUGUACCCAAUCAAGCUUGGUACCUGGUAGUUAUGCAUUCGCAUGUCGUUCAUGAAGGUUUCAUCGUGUGCAUAUUUCUUCAUUUCAUAAUAUUUUUAUCUAAAGUUACAAUCACUUAUGCAAGCGUUAUGCUUCUUAUAUGGAUGUUUGAAUCUGCAUAUCUGUUUGCAGGUAGGGAAUGAGCUUGGUUGUGGGAAGCCAUACAAGGCGAAGUUAGCAGCGAUGGUGGCAUUGGGAUGUGCAUUUGUGAUCGGCAUCAUCAACGUGACAUGGGUAGUGAUUUUAAGAGGGAGGUGGGCAGGCCUCUUCACCAAGGACGAGCUCGUCAAAGCCUUGGUUGUAUCAGUCAAGCCAAUCAUGGGGCUUCGUGAGUUAGGCAACUGCCCCCAAACCACUGGCUGUGGCAUCCUACGUGGCACGGCACGCCCGGCUGUGGGUGCCCGCAUUAAUUUGGGGUCGUUCUACUUCGUGGGCAUCCCUGUGGUGGUCGGGCUUGCCUUCUGGCUCAAGGUAGGGUUUGGCGGGCUCUGGUUCGGGCUUUUAUCUGCUCAGGUGGCGUGUGCUGUGUCCAUUCUGUAUGUUGUGGUGGCAAGGACUGAUUGGGAGGCAGAGUCGUUGAAGGCGAAGAUGCUGACCGGGCUAGAAAUGGGUGACUGCAAAAACGAAGGACAAGGGCAUGAGAAAGGUGAAGAAGAAAGCAAAGGGUUAUUGAUGAUAAAAGGUGGAGAUGAUUUUAUUUAGAGGUUUUGUGUGAGAUCUUCGUCGGAGACUCUACUUUUGUUGACCGUGCAGUAGUAGUUUUAACACUUUUUUAUUUUAUUUUUUAUGCUGACUAUUUGGUUAGUUGGAUUUUAAAAAGCUAGAGUUUUGAUGGGCAUUGCAGUUUGCAAUGUCUCACUCGCCCGCCAGGGUCCAGCCAAGUUUAAAUAUGGCCUACAGUCCUACUUUUAGGAUUUUUUUUUUGGUCCAUAGCAACUGUAUUAUUUGUGUCUAAUUUUCAAAACUCGAGAUGUAGAAAUUUUUGAGUUUGGUUGCUCGGACAAUA